AUGGCUAAAUUCAGGCUGAGAGUAUCCACCGGGGAGGCCUGUGGAGCUGGCACAUGGGACAAAGUGUCUGUCAGCAUCGUGGGAACCCACGGAGAGAGCCCCUUAGUACCUCUGGACCAUCUGGGCAAGGAGUUCAACGCUGGUGCUGAAGAAGACUUCGAGGUGACACUCCCCCACGACGUUGGCGCUGUACUGAUGCUGCGAGUACACAAGGCACCCCCGGAGGCGCCCCUCCCUCUGCUGUCUCUCCCUCCUGAUGCCUGGUUCUGCUGCUGGUUCCAGCUGGAGUGGCUACCUGGGGCUGCACUUCGCUUCCCCUGUUAUCAGUGGCUGGAAGGGGCAGGGGAGCUGGUGCUGAGAGAGGGAGCAGCCAAGGUGUCCUGGCAAGACCACCACCCUGUACUGCAGGAUCAGCGCCAGAAGGAGCUGGAGACCAGGCAGAAGAUGUACAGCUGGAAGACAUACAUCGAAGGCUGGCCUCACUGCCUUGACCACGAGACUGUGAAAGACUUGGACCUCAACAUCAAGUAUUCUGCGAUGAAAAACGCCAAAUUCUUCUUUAAAGCCCACUCUGCGAUUGCAGAGCUGAAAUUCAAAGGGCUCCUGGACCGCACGGGACUCUGGAGGAGUCUGAGGGAGAUGAGAAGGAUGUUUAACUUCCAUAAGACUCCAGCAGCAGAGUAUGUGUUUGCACACUGGCAGGAAGAUGCCUUCUUCGCCUCCCAGUUCCUAAAUGGCCUCAACCCAGUCCUGAUUCGCCGCUGCCACAGCCUCCCAAAGAACUUCCCUGUCACUGAUGAAAUGGUGGCCCCAGUGCUAGGCCCUGGGACCAGUCUGCAGGCUGAGUUGGAGAAGGGCUCCCUGUUCUUGGUGGACCAUGGCAUUCUUUCUGGAGUCCAAACCAAUGUCAUCAAUGGAAAGCCUCAGUUCUCUGCAGCCCCAAUGACCCUAUUAUACCAGAGCUCAGGGUCCGGACCCCUGCUCCCCAUCGCCGUCCAGCUCAAACAGACUCCUGGGCCAGACAACCCCAUCUUCCUGCCCAGCGAUGACAAGUGGGACUGGCUACUGGCCAAGACCUGGGUGCGCAAUGCUGAGUUUUCCAUCCAUGAGCCUGUCACGCAUCUUCUGCAGGCCCACCUGAUUCCAGAAGUGUUUGCCUUGGCCACACUGCGCCAGCUGCCCCAAUGUCACCCUCUCUUCAAGGUCAGUGGCUCAACAAGGUCCUUCUACCCGAAAGCAGUGGCAACCCACAUGUUGAGAGCUGCUGCCCCCGAGGAAGCAGGCUGGUUCGCAGGAAAGGCUAUGGAGCAUGGAGAGUCCACUAGUGUAAUGCCUGCCAUCCGGGCCACUGAACCAGCACUGCUCUUUAGAAGAAAUAACUGA